CUGCAGCUAUAUCAAAAAACUCGAUGCCUCUCAGUCUGUUCCAUCUCUGAAGCAAAAGAAUAUGAAUCGCAUCAUCGCCACUCUAAUUAUAUGCUGGAGUUUCUGCUUUACUGCUAAUAGUCAGAGUAGCUCGGAAAACCCUUCUUACACGACAUCUUUUCCCAGCUACUGGACAAGCGAUUAUCCGUAUAUGACGGAAUCCUCGUACCCAACAGAAGAAGUUUUAUAUACAACGGAAGAAUUCCCAUAUGCAACAUACGAAUCUCCAUACACGGAAGGAGAGUCAUCUUUAACAACAGAAGAUUAUCCAUACAUGGAGGAAGGAUUCCCUACUGCAACAGAUGAAUUCCUACUUACAACAGAUGAAUCUUAUUACACAGAAGAAUUUUCAUCUGAAAAUGGAAACCUUCCGUCAACGACAAAAACAUAUCCAUAUCCGGAAGAAGAAUUAUCAACUGCAACAGAAGAAUUAUCAACUGCAACAGAAGGGUUAUCAACUGCAACAGAAGAGUUAUCAACUACAACAGAAAAUUAUGCUUACACAAAAGAAUUGUCAACUGCAACAGAAAAUUAUCCUUACACAGAAGAAUUGUCAACUGCAGCAGAGUUUCCAUACACAACAGAAGUAUAUACGCAGACGUCAUCAACACCCAUGGAAGAAGAAAAUGAGAGGUUUCCAGUAGGUACUAGCACAAGGCCCACUGUAAAUACAGUGGAAUCAGAGAGUGAAGAGUCUGAUGUUACAAAAGCGACUAAGGAGUAUCCUGAGAAAACCACGACCACAGCACCCAACAAUAAACAAAGUGCCGAAAGUAUGUGUAAAACUAUGAAAGGAUUAUAUCUAGAGCAUCUUUGCUCUUAUAUAUGCAGAGAUCCUAUGACGUACAGAUAUUAUUUUCACUAUUUCAAGGCAAACAACGAGCCAUGCACAAUCCUCAAGCAAUCUGGAAUUUGUUUCUAUGGAACUUGUUUUCCCUCUAUGCCUUUCCACUCACUUUAGACAAGAUUUCUGCCAUUUGUCAGUACUUACAGAAAAACAAAAUUUAAGACAAAAAAUUACUGUAACAAGUUUCAUGUAUGUAAAAAGUUAACAAUUAAGUUAAAUGUGUAAAAGAACUUAAAAAGUAUCUGAAUAUGUAAGUGCAUACAAAUAAAAUCUUUUAGCUCCAAA